GUUAAAAUUCUAUUCGAGUUACAAUUACAAGCUUCACCCUGAUCCUAGAUCUGACCGCCGAGUAACCUACUGCUUCAAACGCCGUCCUUCACAACAGCAAUGGCGUCAGCUACUAAAAUAAUUCAGAGAAUUAGGAACUUGUUUGCGGGGCAUGACCUCCAAGCAAAGCUGCAGCUGCGUUACGGUGAAAUGGCAAAGAGGACUCAGCCACCACCAAAGCUGCCAGUAGGCCCCAGCCAUCAAUUUGCAUUCAACUACUACUGCACCAGAGAUGGACGCAGGGAGGCAGUUCCUCCUACUGUUGUGAUGUCUCCUCAUAAAGCUCUAGCAGCUGGCACUGAGGCCAGUGCAGUGGAGACAAAGCGGCCAGUCUUACCUGGACCUCAAUUGAAGGAAUUGGAAUUGUCGAAAGAUCAGCCAUACCUUUAAUGGGCAUGACACUACCCUGCAGUUGUGUGUGUUGUUGAUGUACAGUUAUCCUGUUCCACUGUAAGAUACCAAUAAAAUCUAUGAAUAUG